AAAAAGCUUGGGUCUGGACGCACGACAAUAUCUUGUCGUCCUUAAUUUGAUUCAAGAAAAAAAAGCCUCUUUCUCUCAACUACUCCUUCUCAAGUAUGCGUCACCUUGCAACAUAUCUUCUCCUCAAACUGGGCGGGAAUGAGAAUCCGUCGGCCAGCGACGUGACGACCGCUUUGUCUGCCGUGGGCGUGGAGGCGGACGAAGGCCUUCUGAGCACUUUGCUCAAGGACCUGGAAGGCAAAGACGUUGAGACGCUCAUCGAGGAAGGCUCAAAACUCCUUGCCACAUUUGGAGGCGGCGGAGGUGGGGGAGGAGGCGCUGCGGCCGCGGCGGCGCCUGGGGCCGCCGAUGCGGGUGCUGAGAAGGAGAAGAAGAAGGAAGAGAAGGAGGAGGAGGAGGCAGAUUUGGGAGGGGCCAUGGACAUGUUCGGGGCUCUCACCCAGCUUCGCCGCAUCCAGGGCGGUGCUUCCUCCGCCUCCCCUGUGCCCACGGGCUCGAGCCCCGGCCAGCGCGGUCCGGACGGGAAGGUGAUCCCAACGGCAGGACAGGCGUUCUUGACCGGCUUGCUCUCGGGGGCGGUGGCAGGUAUCACGGUGGACCUGACCCUCUUCCCUCUGGACACGAUCAAGACGCGCCUGCAAGCCAGCGCCAACACCAAGUUCUCGCUCGACCUGCUCCGAGGCGUCUAUGACGGGGUGGGCCCGGGUCUUGUGGCCUCAGCCCCCGCGUGCGCCGCCUUCUUCGGAGCCUACGACAGCUUCAAGCGCGGCCUGUCGGCCCGUUUCCCCGACCCCAAAUGCGCGCCGCUCGUAAACAUGGUGGCGGCGGCGGGAGGGGACCUGACGCAGAGCGUGGUGCGCGUGCCUUUCGAGGUGGUGAAGCAGCGCAUGCAGGCGGGCGUGGAGAGAACAUGGCGUGAGGCAGUGCGCAACAUCAUGGCUUCCACAGGACCGCGUGGAUUCUUCGCGGGCUGGUCAGCUCUUGCUCUUCGAGACUUGCCCUUCGACAUCAUCGAGUUCCCUCUCUACGAGGCACUCAAGGACGUGUGGGCGGAGCGCAAAGGCGGAAAACUGGAGACGUGGGAGUCCUCUGUCUGUGGCUCGCUCGCGGGGGGGAUUGCGGCCGGGCUGACGACCCCGCUGGACGUGGUUAAGACGCGGCUCAUGACGCAGCGGCGGGACAGCGGGCAGGUGUACGCGGGGCUCUUGGAUUGCCUGGUGCGUGUGGCGCGCGAAGAGGGCAUAGGCGCGCUGUACAAGGGCCUGGUUCCUCGCGUGGUGAACAUCGCUCUGGGAGGAGCCAUCUUCUUCGGGGCUUAUGAGGCCUUCAAAUCGGUGGCGGACCGGGCUCUGGUGCAGAGGGAUCUCGACGUGGGGGAAUGGUGGACAGGAGUGAAGGCCCGCGCUCAUGAAAUGCGCACACGGCAGUUUUCUCAGGGGGUUGGAGGGGCAUUGACGAGGCAAAAGGGUGGUGGAGGGGGUAUGGGGAAGAAGGUGAUGUGAGAGUUGGUGGAGCUGACGUCAUGGCUUUAAGAGAAGGAGUGCGGUGCAUUGUUUUUGGGGGCAAAAGGACGAGAUCCAGAAGAGUUCAAGGGCAGAAGAAGGAUUAAGGAGAUCGUUCAGAGGAUUGGAGUUGAAUGAGACGCUUGUCUGGUGGUGCCCGGCCUGGGAUUCUCGCACCAGUUUUCCCCUUUCUUGAAAGGAUGGGAGAGGACCGAAGGGAAGAUUAUUAAAGACUAAAAAAUCUAGCCAAAACGAAAUCCAUGUGGAAUAUAGA